AUGACUUAUUUAGCCGUAACCAUUUUGGUUUUGAUAAUUGGUGCAGAGUCAGGUAAGGAACAUAUUGCUGGAGCCUGCCAUGAUCCAUUGGAUUUUGGAAAAUCACCAUGUGACAAACAGUGGUCGAUUAGAUACCAUAUGGACGUUUCAACUGAAACUUGCCUCGCCUUUAACUUCACCGGAUGUGGUGAUAACUGGAACAAUUUCGCCACAUCGCAAGCAUGUUAUGAGGGGUGUCUUCCAUUAGACCAUCACAAGUGUCCAGCAGCAAGUACGAUUUAUAAAACUAUUAAAGGAAGAACGGCGUGUAAUGAUGAUUGUGAUUGUGGUAAAGGCAAGUAUUGUGACAUUGGACAUGGUUAUGGGCAGUGUUGUGAGCAGGAGUAUAAAGACAAAGUGGAUUCUGAUUACAAUCCUCCUUGCCCACCAGGUCAGUCAAUUGUGCGAGAAAAAUUAAAUGGAAUUACGGUUCAAUUAAUUGGUAAAAAGUGUACUCAUAAUUUUUGUCCGCUAGGUUCGAAUUGUUACGAUGGUCAUUUUUUCGCUUCCUGUUGUAUGUAG